GCCGGGGCCGGGCGGGCGGCUGAGGCCCGAGCGGCGGGAGCACAGUGCGGAGCGCAGAGUUAGGCGCUCGGUCGCAAAAAUCCGCCGCUGCCCGCCCGGCCCCGCUGUCCCGGGCGGUCCAUGGAGCGGGCGCGGCGUCGCUGCCUGCGCGGGCAGCCCUGGGGGGCAACCGCUUAGGAGCCGUGCUCUUGUCCUCGCAGGUCGCAGCCAGGGCGGCCGGGCGAGCCCAGCCCCGGCUCCUGGAGCGCCCGCCAGGGUCCCCACCUCCAUGGACGCCUUCAAGGGGGGCAUGAGCCUGGAACGGCUGCCGGAGGGGCUCCGGCCGCCACCGCCGCCGCCACAUGACAUGGGGCCCGCCUUCCACCUGGCCCGCGCCGCUGACCCCCGCGAGCCGCUCGAGAACUCAGCCAGCGAGUCGUCUGACACAGAGCUGCCAGAGAAGGAGCGCGGCGGGGAACCCAAGGGGCCGGAGGACAGUGGCGCGGGCGGCGCGGGCUGCGGCGGCGCGGAGGACCCAGCCAAGAAGAAGAAGCAGCGGCGGCAACGUACGCACUUCACAAGCCAGCAGUUGCAAGAGCUGGAGGCCACGUUCCAGAGAAACCGCUACCCCGACAUGAGCAUGAGGGAGGAGAUCGCGGUGUGGACCAACCUCACGGAGCCCCGUGUGCGGGUCUGGUUCAAGAACCGGCGGGCCAAGUGGCGGAAGCGCGAGCGUAACCAGCAGCUGGACCUGUGCAAGGGCGGCUACGUGCCGCAAUUCAGCGGCUUAGUGCAGCCCUACGAGGACGUGUACGCCGCCGGCUACUCCUACAACAACUGGGCUGCCAAGAGCCUGGCGCCAGCGCCGCUGUCCACCAAGAGCUUCACCUUCUUCAACUCCAUGAGCCCGUUGUCGUCUCAGUCCAUGUUCUCGGCACCUAGCUCCAUCUCCUCCAUGACCAUGCCGUCCAGCAUGGGCCCGGGCGCCGUGCCCGGCAUGCCCAACUCGGGCCUCAACAACAUCAACAACCUCACCGGCUCCUCGCUUAACUCCGCCAUGUCACCGGGCGCCUGCCCAUACGGCACACCCGCCUCGCCCUACAGCGUCUACCGGGACACGUGCAACUCGAGCUUAGCCAGCCUUCGGCUCAAGUCUAAGCAGCACUCGUCGUUCGGCUACGGCAGCCUGCAGGGCCCGGCCUCGGGCCUCAAUGCGUGCCAGUACAACAGCUGACCGCCCAGCGGAGCCACGCUGGCCCGCGGCCGGCAAGGCGAGGCGCGGGGGCGGGCACCGAGGGCGCACGCAGGGCCACAACUCGCCGCGCCGCAGACCUCGCGUCUACGCGGUCCCCUCCUUCCCACCUCCCCACCUCCAGGUUUGGUUUUGUGUUUGCUUUUCCGGAUCCCACUCUGCCCUCAACAAAACAAAACUCAAAAAACAAAAAAACAAAAGACAUGGGAGAAAAGUGCCGCGAAAAAAAAAAAUGGAUGAGUUGCAAUUUCCCUCGGGAUGGCGCCGGUGGUGUGUGUUCGUUCCCACGGGCCCCAGCGGCCCACUCCGCGGAGGGGACGCGGCACCAGAAACGAGAUCCGCGGCCCGGCAGCAGCGAGAGGACGCCCUUGUAGCCCGUAUCCCCGCCUGAGCAGCGGCGCCUGCGAACUGGUUGUGCGGAGCCGGGACAGGCCUGGGAUUCCCCGGCCCGGUACUAACCAAGAUGCCACUCCUAGCUAGGUCCCGCCGAGCAUAAUUUAGCCCAAGCCGGAUCCGAGUUGGAGCGGGCGUUAGGCUGGGAACGACACCCAGCCCGGGAUCGGGCACUAGCCGUGGAUUCGCACAGGCCCCGGUGCGCCCCCCAAGCCCUCGCCAGCCCGCGCUCCGGAGCCCUUUAUUAAGGCCAAGGGGCCAUAGCUGGUCUUGCGGACACGGCAGGGGUUGGGGUGGCUCGUGUCUGAGCACCCCUGCCCCAGCUUAGCCGCAGGCCCAGGUCCUCUGCUCCGUUCCCGGUCCAGGAGGUGGCCCCUGUCCCGGAGAACAACCCCCCUCCUUUACCGCCCGCCGUGCAAGAGUCGAGCCGGAAGAGCGCGGGGCGCGGCCCCAGGGCCCUGCGCCCACUUUGCACACCCGCUCUCCGGCCCGCGCCCCUGUUUACAGCGUCCCUGUGUAUG